GCCACGGACGCGGACGAGGGCGAGUUUGGGCGUGUGUGGUACCGCAUCCUCCAUGGUAACCAUGGCAACAACUUCCGGAUCCAUGUCAGCAAUGGGCUCCUGAUGCGAGGGCCCCGGCCCCUGGAUCGGGAGCGGAACUCGUCCCACGUGCUGAUAGUGGAGGCCUACAACCAUGACCUGGGCCCCAUGCGGAGCUCCGUCAGGGUGAUUGUGUACGUGGAGGACGUCAACGAUGAGGCCCCCGUGUUCACACAGCAGCAGUACAGCCGUCUGGGGCUUCGAGAGACCGCAGGCAUUGGAACGUCAGUCAUCGUGGUCCAAGCCACAGACCGAGACUCUGGGGACGGUGGCCUGGUGAACUACCGCAUCCUGUCGGGCGCAGAGGGGAAGUUUGAGAUUGAUGAGAGCACAGGGCUUAUCAUCACCAUGGAUUACCUGGACUACGAGACCAAGACCAGCUACGUGAUGAAUGUGUCCGCCACUGACCAGGCCCCACCCUUCAACCAGGGCUUCUGCAGCGUCUACAUCACUCUGCUCAACGAGCUAGAUGAGGCCGUGCAGUUCUCCAAUGCCUCAUACGAGGCUGCCAUCCUGGAGAAUCUGGCACUGGGUUCCGAGAUUGUGCGGGUCCAGGCCUACUCCAUUGACAACCUCAACCAAAUCACGUACCGCUUCGACGCCUACACCAGCGCCCAGGCCAAAGCCCUCUUCAAGAUAGAUGCCAUCACGGGUGUGAUCACAGUCCAGGGCCUGGUGGACCGUGAGAAGGGCGACUUCUAUACCUUGACGGUGGUGGCAGAUGACGGCGGCCCCAAGGUGGACUCCACCGUGAAGGUCUACAUCACUGUGCUGGACGAGAAUGACAACAGCCCCCGGUUUGACUUCACCUCUGACUCGGCAGUUAGCGUACCCGAGGACUGCCCUGUGGGCCAGCGAGUGGCUACUGUCAAGGCCUGGGACCCUGACGCUGGCAGCAAUGGGCAGGUGGUCUUCUCCCUGGCCUCUGGCAACAUCGCAGGGGCCUUUGAGAUGGUCACCACCAAUGACUCCAUUGGUGAAGUGUUUGUGGCCAGGCCUCUGGACAGAGAAGAGCUGGAUCACUACAUCCUCAAGGUUGUGGCUUCUGACCGAGGCACCCCUCCACGGAAGAAGGACCACAUCCUGCAGGUGACCAUCCUGGACAUCAAUGACAACCCUCCAGUCAUCGAGAGCCCCUUUGGAUACAAUGUCAGUGUGAAUGAGAACGUGGGUGGAGGUACUGCUGUGGUCCAGGUGAGAGCCACUGACCAUGACAUCGGGAUCAACAGUGUUCUGUCCUACUACAUCACCGAGGGCAACAAGGACAUGACCUUCCGCAUGGACCGCAUCAGCGGUGAGAUCGCCACACGGCCUGCCCCGCCUGACCGCGAGCGCCAGAGCUUCUACCACCUGGUGGUCACUGUGGAGGACGAGGGCACCCCCACCCUGUCGGCCACCACGCAAGUGUAUGUGACCAUUGUGGAUGAGAAUGAUAACGCACCCAUGUUCCAGCAGCCCCACUAUGAGGUACUGCUGGAUGAGGGCCCAGACACGCUCAACACCAGCCUCAUCACCAUCCAGGCACUGGACCUGGAUGAGGGUCCCAACGGCACAGUCACCUAUGCCAUCGUCGCAGGCAACAUCAUCAACACCUUCCGCAUCGACAGACACAUGGGUGUCAUCAAUGCUGCCAAAGAGCUGGACUACGAGAUCAGCCACGGCCGCUACACCCUGAUCGUCACUGCCACAGACCAGUGCCCCAUCUUAUCCCACCGCCUCACCUCUACCACCACGGUGCUUGUGAAUGUGAAUGACAUCAACGACAACAUGCCUACCUUCCCCCGGGACUAUGAGGGACCAUUUGAAGUCACCGAGGGCCAGCCGGGGCCCAGAGUGUGGACCUUCCUGGCCCAUGACCAAGAUUCAGGACCCAACGGGCAGGUGGAGUACAGCAUCGUGGACGGAGACCCUCUGGGAGAGUUUGUGAUCUCUCCUGUGGAGGGGGUGCUGAGGGUCCGGAAGGACGUGGAGCUGGACCGGGAGACUAUCGCCUUCUACAACCUGACCAUCUGUGCCCGUGACCGGGGGAUGCCCCCACUCAGCUCCACAAUGCUGGUGGGGAUCUGGGUGCUGGACAUCAACGACAACGACCCUGUGCUGCUGAACCUGCCCAUGAACAUCACCAUCAGCGAGAACAGCCCCGUGUCCAGCUUUGUCGCGCACGUCCUGGCCAGUGACGCUGACAGUGGCUGCAAUGCACGCCUCACCUUCAACAUCACUGCGGGCAACCGCGAGCGGGCCUUCUUCAUCAAUGCCACGACAGGGAUCGUCACUGUGAACCGGCCCCUGGACCGCGAGCAGAUCCCAGAGUACAAGCUGACCAUUUCUGUGAAGGACAACCCGGAGAACCCACGCAUAGCCAGGAGGGAUUAUGACUUGCUUCUGAUCUUCCUUUCUGAUGAGAAUGACAACCACCCCCUCUUCACUAAAAGCACCUACCAGGCAGAGGUGAUGGAAAACUCUCCUGCUGGAUCUGUAAUGGUGAAGUCCCCCAUGAACCGGGAGCUGGUUGCCACCUAUGAGGUCACUCUCUCAGUGAUUGACAAUGCCAGCGACCUACCAGAGCUCUCUGUCAGUGUGCCAAAUGCCAAGCUGACUGUCAACGUCCUGGACGUCAAUGACAAUACGCCCCAGUUCAAGCCCUUUGGGAUCACCUACUACACGGAGCGGAUCCUGGAGGGGGCCACCCCUGGGACCACACUCAUUGCUGUGGCAGCUGUGGACCCUGACAAGGGCCUUAAUGGGCUGGUCACCUACACCCUGCUGGACCUGGUGCCCCCAGGCUAUGUCCAGCUGGAGGACCCCUCGGCAGGGAAGGUCAUUGCCAACCAGACAGUGGACUACGAGGAGGUGCACUGGCUCAACUUUACUGUGAGGGCCUCAGACAACGGGUCCCCACCCCGGGCAGCUGAGAUCCCUGUCUACCUGGAGAUCAUGGACAUCAAUGACAACAACCCCAUCUUUGACCAGCCAUCCUACCAGGAGGCUGUCUUUGAGGAUGUGCCUGUGGGAACAAUCAUCCUGACAGUCACUGCCACUGAUGCUGACUCAGGCAACUUUGCACUCAUUGAGUACAGCCUUGGAGAUGGAGAGAGCAAGUUUGCCAUCAACCCCACCACGGGUGACAUCUAUGUGCUGUCUUCUCUGGACCGGGAGAAGAAGGACCACUAUAUCCUGACUGCCUUGGCCAAAGACAACCCUGGGGAUGUAGCCAGCAACCGUCGUGAAAAUUCAGUGCAGGUGGUGAUCCAAGUGCUGGAUGUCAAUGACUGCCGGCCACAGUUCUCCAAGCCCCAGUUCAGCACAAGCGUGUAUGAGAAUGAGCCGGCGGGCACCUCGGUCAUCACCAUGAUGGCCACUGACCAGGAUGAAGGUCACAAUGGAGAGUUGACCUACUCACUUGAGGGCCCUGGCGUGGAGGCCUUCCAUGUGGACAUGGACUCGGGCCUGGUGACCACACAGCGGCCACUGCAGUCCUACGAGAGGUUCAAUCUGACCGUGGUGGCCACAGAUGGCGGAGAUCCCCCACUCUGGGGCACCACCAUGCUCCUGGUGGAGGUCAUCGACGUCAAUGACAACCGCCCUGUCUUUGUGCGCCCACCCAACGGCACCAUCCUCCACAUCAGAGAGGAGAUUCCGCUGCGCUCCAACGUGUACGAGGUCUAUGCCACGGACAAGGAUGAGGGCCUCAACGGGGCGGUGCGCUACAGCUUCCUGAAGACGGCGGGCAACCGGGACUGGGAGUUCUUCACCAUCGACCCAAUCAGCGGCCUCAUCCAGACUGCACAGCGCCUUGACCGCGAGUCUCAGGCGGUGUACAGCCUCAUCUUGGUGGCCAGCGACCUGGGCCAACCGGUGCCAUACGAGACUAUGCAGCCGCUGCAGGUGGCCCUGGAGGACAUCGAUGACAACGAACCCCUCUUCGUGAGGACUCCAAAAGGCAGCCCCCAGUACCAGCUGCUGACAGUGCCUGAGCACUCACCACACGGCACCCUCGUGGGCAACGUGACAGGCGCAGUGGAUGCAGAUGAGGGCCCCAACGCGAUCGUGUACUACUUCAUCGCAGCUGGCAAUGAAGAGAAGAACUUCCAUCUGCAGCCCGAUGGGCGUCUGCUGGUGCUGCGGGACCUGGACCGGGAGCGAGAAGCCAUCUUCUCCUUCAUCGUCAAGGCCUCCAGCAAUCGCAGCUGGACACCUCCCCGUGGACCCUACCCAACCCUUGACCUGGUUGCUGACCUCACGCUGCAGGAGGUGCGCGUUGUGCUAGAGGACAUCAACGACCAGCCGCCACGCUUCACCAAGGCUGAGUACACUGCAGGGGUGGCCACCGACGCCAAGGUGGGCUCAGAGUUGAUCCAGGUGCUGGCCCUGGAUGCAGACACUGGCAACAACAGCCUUGUCUUCUACAGCAUUCUGGCCAUCCACUACUUCCGGGCCCUUGCCAACGACUCUGAAGACGUGGGCCAGGUCUUCACCAUGGGGAGCGUGGACGGCAUUCUGCGCACCUUCGACCUCUUCAUGGCCUACAGCCCCGGCUACUUUGUGGUGGACAUUGUGGCCCGAGACCUGGCAGGCCACAACGACACAGCCAUCAUCGGCAUCUACAUCCUGAGGGAUGACCAGCGCGUCAAGAUCGUCAUUAACGAGAUCCCCGACCGUGUGCGCGGCUUCGAGGAGGAGUUCAUCCACCUGCUGUCCAACAUCACUGGGGCCAUUGUCAAUACUGACGAUGUGCAGUUCCACGUGGACAAGAAGGGCCGGGUGAACUUUGCGCAGACAGAGCUGCUCAUCCAUGUGGUGAACCGCGAUACCAACCGCAUCCUGGACGUGGACCGGGUGAUUCAGAUGAUCGACGAGAACAAGGAGCAGCUGCGGAAUCUUUUCCGGAACUACAACGUCCUAGACGUGCAGCCUGCCAUCUCUGUCCGGCUGCCGGAUGACAUGUCUGCCCUGCAGAUGGCGAUCAUCAUCCUGGCUAUCCUCCUGUUCCUGGCCGCCAUGCUCUUCGUCCUCAUGAACUGGUACUACAGGACUGUACACAAGAGGAAGCUCAAGGCCAUUGUGGCUGGCUCAGCUGGGAAUCGCGGCUUCAUCGACAUCAUGGACAUGCCUAACACCAACAAGUACUCCUUUGAUGGAGCCAACCCUGUGUGGCUGGAUCCCUUCUGUCGGAACCUGGAGCUGGCCGCCCAGGCGGAGCAUGAGGAUGACCUACCAGAGAAUCUGAGUGAGAUCGCCGACCUGUGGAACAGCCCCACGCGCACCCACGGAACUUUUGGGCGUGAGCCAGCAGCUAUCAAGCCUGAUGAUGACCGAUACCUGCGGGCUGCCAUCCAAGAGUAUGACAACAUUGCCAAGCUGGGCCAGAUCAUUCGUGAGGGGCCAAUCAAGGGCUCGCUGCUGAAGGUGGUCCUGGAGGAUUACCUGCGGCUCAAAAAGCUCUUUGCACAGCGGAUGGUGCAAAAAGCCUCCUCCUGCCACUCCUCCAUCUCUGAGCUGAUCCAGACUGAGCUGGACGAGGAGCCAGGAGACCACAGCCCAGGGCAGGGUAGUCUGCGCUUCCACCACAAGCCACCAGUGGAGCUCAAGGGGCCCGAUGGGAUCCAUGUGGUGCACGGCAGCACGGGCACGCUGCUGGCCACCGACCUCAACAGCCUGCCCGAGGAUGACCAGAAGGGCCUGGGCCGCUCGCUGGAGACGCUGACCGCUGCUGAGGCCACUGCCUUCGAGCGCAACGCCCGCACAGAAUCCGCCAAAUCCACACCCCUGCACAAACUUCACGAUGUGAUCAUGGAGAGCCCCCUGGAGAUCACAGAGCUGUGACUAGACACGGAAGCCCCGUGGGUGUGAGCAGCACCCAUCCACCGCCCCCUCCCAGGGAGCAAGGGCAGGGACAGGGCCGGUCGGGGGGGCCCCUCCAAGGCCAGGCCUGCGGGACAACCUUGGCUUGGCCCUGGCGGCCCGAAUCAGCUGCUCAGAUCCCACUUUUGCCAGACGCUCAUUCAGCAUCUGACCUCUACCUUCAUAAGAUCUGUUAUUUUUAUAAGAAAACCAAACAAAAAUGCUAAGCCUCUAAGGACAAGGUAAGGAGGGUCACUGGGGCCCAGGAGUCUGGGGACCAGCUUGGCUCAGGCUGAGCUGAAAGAGGCCGAACAGGCCCUCCUCCCUCCUGGCUCCACCCCGCAAGCACCAUCCCCUCCGGCUGAGCAGGCGCAAGGGAGGCCCAAAAGCCCAGUGCGGACAUCUCCUGCUGGCUGGACACCCCUGACUCCAGUCCAAGUCCUGCUACAUUUCCGCCACAUCCCUGCUGGACGUCCAGGUGGAGGUGGCAUCCCCACAUGGACAAGAAAGUCAAUGUCAAUGAACAAGCAUUCUCUCCAUUUCACUGGCUUCCCAAAUGUGCCCAGCUUAUAAACAGAAGUGACAGACGUUCCCUCGGGUUUUGAAUGUGAAGUGUUCGUGUGUGUUCCUUUUUUAAAUUAUUCCCUCAA